AUGUUUCUUGAUCUAGCAGAAAGCUUCAUAGUAAUUGAUAGAUCCUGCGUAGUGUCUCAUCUUACCCCUGGUUCCCUGGAUCUCGCAGUAAGCGGGACCGGUGUCAAUGUUGAAGACAUCAGACCUGAGUCUCCUACACCUCACCUUCAGAUUCUGAGCAAUAGACGACGUCAUCAACUACAUUUGAACCACACCCGCCCCCAAGAACACGGCCUUCACAGCCGCGAGAACUAUUCACACUAUCCCAAGCUACUAUUCCUACUCGUGAUCCAUCCAACAUAUCCACCAAACUCCUCCACGUUCCCGUCUCACAACCAACUCCUCAAGGGCCUCUCCUUCGAGAAACCUGCUCAAAUCUGCUGUACGAGGCCAUAA